ACGGGCGCGCGGCGCCGGACCUGACGGCGUCGCCUGGCCGCGCGCCGCCCGGUCCGCCGCAGCCGCCGCGCGCCAACCACGCACCACCCUGCGUGCUGCAGCCAGACUUCCGAAAGGUAUCAGGAGUGAGCAAUGAAAUAUUCAGGCAGAUUGAAAUGGUUGAGAAUGACCACGAUUCGACAACUGCCGCGGCGCUCGAGGCGGUGGAGCGACGCGGCGAGAUGAUCGUACGGAUCCUUGAAAUCAGACAAGUGGGCCGUAACAAUAUUGAAGCCGCCAAGAAAUUCUUCUCAUUACAGGACUCCCGUCACAUAGUCCAACUAGUGGAAAUAGUGAAGCGACCCGGCCAGACCCUGGGACUGUAUAUCAGGGAAGGUGACGGAGGAGCACGGACGGAUGGAGUGUUCAUAUCCCGGAUAGCAUUGGAGUCUGCCGUAUACAACAGUGGCUGCCUCAAAGUGGGGGAUGAGAUCCUGGCAGUCAACCUGGUGGAUGUUAGGAGGAUGUCGCUGGAUGACGUGGUUAUCAUCAUGUCGAUACCCAGGCGACUGUUGUUGUGUACGAGGCAGAGGAAAGGUAAAUCAGGGCCCGGAUCACCAUCGAUGCCGCGGUCGGAGCACAAGCCGCCACCAGUCGUGGUGCUCAAGAGAGACUGCCGAGAUGAUGACGAGAGGGACAGGGAUCGAGUCGACGGACUUUAUUCACAGCAUGGCACUCUUCGAUCGGCGGGUCCUGGUGGAGGAGUAAGACCGGUCGGUGAUGGAAGGGAAGAGAGAAGUCGGCUGCAGCUCGGCGCUCUGUCUCCGGAUUCCACGGCCCUGGAUUUAUAUUACAAUCCACGACCGCCGUCUGAUCAUUCUACGUGGAGUUACCGUCCGCCUCCACCGGUGAUCACAGAACAGCCAAAAUCUCAAGCGACGCAUUUUGUACCGUACGAGCGAUCCUAUCCAAAUACACUGGACAGUUUAGCGGAGAAAGUUCACUCUUUCUAUCCCGCUGACAGCGGAAGGUAUGAUAGUACUCGUUUCGGAGGGCGAGUGCCACGGUCAGGGUCAGAGCAGCAAUUACCCCGAGCUGAAACGCAUUCUGAUUUCGGUAGACAUUCCUUGCUCAGAUCUAGUUUGAAAGCAUCGGCUGCAACUGGAGCGUCAAGCUUAAGAUACAACCAGCGAUAUGGUGGUGUUGGUAUGCCCGGAUCUGGCCUAACAGGGACUGGACUCACAGACUCUGGUCUAACUGGAACUAGUUUAGGCCCCGGGCUUCCAUCUGGAUUAUCGACUACUGGACUCAGUGGCCUCACCGGUUCAAGCCUUGUUGGGUCAGGCUUGACGAGCUCUGGCCUAGGAUCAGGUUUAGGAGGAACUGGCCUAGGAUCAACUCUUACAGGAGCAUAUGGAACUACUGGGCUCGGUCUACCGUCAUAUAGCAGUAAAUUUGGAACAGCUAGAAGAAACCGUAGUCUGGACUAUUCGUCAGACACCGAGGCUACGGCUCCUACUAGAACUCCAUAUUAUUCAGGGCUUAGUGGGUAUCGGAGUAGCACUUUGGGCAGAGAUAUUGGAUCGAAGUUUAAUUCUUUACCGAGGGAUGUGAGAGGGACUGGACAGAGGCUGGGACUGAGUAGACGAGCGGGAAGUGUUCUUCAAGAUGAGCCGGAACCUUUGUCUUCACGUUUGGAUCUUCGUUCUUCCAGAGGUCGUUUACCGUCCUCUCCUUCAGUAUUCACUUCGGACGAGUACAGGGCGUGGCUGUCACGCGCGCCCUCUACCAGCGCUCUCUACGAGACGCUGCGUCCGCGACUUCCUACGCACUAUUCUGCUGAAAAUAUUCACGAUGCGCUCAAAAACAUGGAAAGUGGCAGCCGGUUUGGAUCAUCGCUAGGUUUGGCAGGGCGUCGGGUGGAGAGACCGCGACACUUGCCCGCUCGUUCAGUAUCAUCGCAACAAUUGGGAGCUACACAACAACUGGGGGCAGGAGCUGGUGGUUCACCUUCAGCCCGGCGAGUUCGACAACUGCUUGAGUUGGGAUCUCGUUUCAACUGUCCUAACCCAAGCCCUGUUCCAACGCCUGGCUCACGACAUCAAAGACAUCUUGAUAUCAAUCCUAACGAGUUCUUAAAGUAUAAAGUGGAAAAACCAGCUACGGGUGGUCUGUCGGCGUCGAUGACCGGCCUAUCACGAUUGUCGGGCGGAGUAUCGGGGAUGCUAUGGGUACAUCUAUUGGCUGGACGUGGUCUACGACCGUCUCCGUCGGGAGCAUCACCGGGUUCACCACCAUCGGGUCCACUUGCACCCCCGCAGCCACCAGUCGCUCCAAGAGACUUGUAUUGUGUACUAGAAUGUGAUCGUGUGCAUAAGGCUCGCACUGUGGUCCGUACGGGAGAGCUGCAAUUCGACUGGGAUGAGUCAUUCGAACUGGAUCUGGUAGACAACAGACAGUUGGAUGUAUUAGUCUACUCAUGGGACCCACAGCAUAGGCACAAGCUUUGUUACCGUGGAUCUGUCACAUUGCCAGAUCUGCUGUCACGUUCACCUGCUCAUCAACUCGCUAUUAAGAUGGAACCCCGCGGAACUCUAUACGUACGAUUUCGGCACACGGAACCGCAUGAUCUGUUCCGAAGACGACCCGCACCACCUCGUGGCACAGCAUUGUUCGGAGCCGAACUGGACACAGUUGUGGCAAGGGAGCCUCGCCCACCGCACGCUCCCCCUGUGCCGUUAAUCGUACGAAGAUGUGUCGAAGAAAUUGAAAGACGUGGACUGGAUAUCAUAGGUCUUUAUCGCCUAUGUGGGUCAGCAAGUAAAAAGCGCAUACUUCGAGAAGCAUUCGAGCGAAACGCACGUGGAGUUGAACUGGCGCCUGAUUCCGUACCAGAUAUCAACGUCAUAACUGGUCUUCUGAAGGACUAUUUAAGAGAACUGCCACAGCCAUUAUUCAGUCGCUGCAUGUAUCAGAUGACUCUUGAUGCAUUGGGAAUAUGUCUACCAGAUGACAGAGAAGGCAAUGCUCGAUUGAUGGCCUCAGUAGUUGAGCUACUCCCUCGAGCAUCAAGAGCUACUCUUGUCUUCUUACUUGACCAUUUAGCCCUUGUCGUGGCUGCCCAAGAUCGCAACAAGAUGUCACCACAGCACCUGGCAGUGGCUCUCGCACCACCCCUUAUGUUGCACUCACAGCCACCGACAGAAAUGGACUAUCAGAGAUCCAUAAAUGUACUGCAAUGUCUUCUGCAAAUCUGGCCAGCUCCAAAACGUUCAGUUCGGCGCGGCGAGUCAGUAACCGGGCCGCGUGGAAACAGAGUCAGUGCGUCGCCAGCGGCCUCACUCACACUCCCCCAAGGCCGAGUUCCGCCCUCAGUCAGUCCAUAUCGGCCUCAAGCGGCAGCAUCAGCAGCAUCUCCGCCGCCAGCUCUCUCGGGUCGGCCCGCGCCCGACCGCUCGCCGCCCGCACAUGUUCUCUCAUCAGUCAGGGCCGGCCAAUAUCGUCCGCAGUCGCCGCUCAGAGGCCCUCUGCCCGCUCCACCUCGGUCCCGUCAGGUGACAGUAUCCUCUCCCGGUUCACCCAGCAGUAGCUCCGGGAGCCACAGCCCAGCGGACACAAUUAAACAUGGAGGAUCUGUUUCCUCCAUCCUGAGGCAACCGGAGCGAGCCGCAUCCCCGCGGUCCUCGCCACGGUCCUCACCACGCGCGUCACCCAGAGCCUCCCCGCGAGACUCCCCGCGGACUAGCACGCCGCGGGAGAACAGGGAGCACGCGUCUCGCGAGUCGUCGCGGGAGCACACGCCACGGGAGCACUCUCGCGAGCACACGCCUCGCGACUCGUCGCGCGAGCACACGCCGCGGGACGGGCCGCGCGAGCCGGGGUCGCGCGAGUCGCCGCGCUCGGUGAUCCCGGGCACGUCGGCGGGGCUGGCGGUGACGCUGAACUCGCCGGGGCGCGGCGGCCUGAGCCCGCGCUACAGCUCCACCAACCCGUUCCUGCAGCAGUACGACGCGGAGGAGGAGGCCGAGGCGUGGCGCGCCGCCGACAUAUUCUCCUCGCACGCAUAGUGCUCGUAGCGAAUUGAGAUUUUCUAGUCAAUUUUUUUAAUCGAAUCGAAAGAGUGCUACGAUUCCGCUGUAUAUUAUGUUGUUUAUUCGACGAGCGUGGUGCGCGUUCGUGUAAUGUUUGUUAUAUAUAGAGCGAGUUACGAUGUAUAUUACUGUGAGAAUGUAUACAUGCUGAGGCGCGAGGUGACACGCCUCGCCGGCCGCCGGCGUCCUGCCCCGUAGCCACUAUAGUGUUUAUCGUAUUGUAUUGUACAUUGUAUAUAAUAAACGUAUAUGUAGGUACGCUCCAAUUUUGUACCGUUCGGGUGGGACCGCGGCGGGCGGCCCGCGGCGCUACACACAUCAUCCCACAUAUCAGAGACUUGUGUACGGAAUCGAAACGAUUGUACCCCAAUGUCCAAGUAAUUGGUAAACAGAAUCAAUGAACAAAUCAGCUUCCACAAAUGAGACUAACGGUGAAAAUUUAAAACUGUCAAUGUAGCAAUAUUAGUGUAUCGACGACGCACACAAGUCAGUAGCUCGAGUAGGGAGAGUGUAUCAUAGAUCAGACGUGCGGACUGUCUUGAGACUGAGACCAUAUCAGAGUAGCUCGUAGACUCGAAGGCAUUCCGUCGUAGAACGAGCGAUUACGUGGCAUAUUGGAAACGUCUAGCAAACGCAAUGCUGUUGUGAAUGUUAAACUACUAUUCGAAUAAUCCCGUUCUUUAUUAAAGUAAUAAAUAUAAAACAUAUAUUAAUUAAAUAUAGUGUUAGUAAAGCAUUUUUACGAGUCGCUAAUUCUAUGAAGGACUGGAAUUAAUCCAUUUGGAUCGGUCGCAUUCUCAAGAUCAGAGGCGCUGUGUUCGAAGUUUGGGUGAUGAGGGCGGUCAAAUGAAUCUAUUAUAAAAAUAAUAAUUUGAAAAAUGAACGUUUGCAUUCGAAAUUCGAAAACAUAGCCUCAGUUCUUUUAUCUAGCGUCUGCUAGACAUAUAAGAGUGGGAGAAAUCGACCAAUGACAGCACUGAUCCUACUUUCACUGCCAUGAUUGGUCCAUUUAUAAUAGAAAGCAUAAUAAUUAUAUUAUACACUUGUUUAUAUGUCUGUCGGAGGCUACACGGUUACUUAUUACUUUUGAGCGACACUUCAAGACGAAAUUUUGUUAUUAAAUAUUAACUGUUUAUAAAUAGCAUUGCACAAAUAACACGACUGAUAUGGGACACAAAAUGUUUUUGAUACUUUUUACUUUUUGUACCUGUUCCUCGUUUGUAAUAAUGGAUAAUAUGGCUUCGUUGGAGAACCUCGCCUUUGCUGUACCUCUAUAAAUUUAAAUAAAUCAGUGUUGGUGCGCGAAUUCCCUUUAUUCUCAUUCAUUAUGUUCACGUUUCGCAGGGCCUCUGACGCAUUUGAUCGUAAACUUUGCUAUAAAGGAAUUCGUGUACGAAUAAUACUAACAUUAUCUUGUAUGAAGGCUGAAAAUCGAUGACAAUAUGUAGCGAUAACUUGAACCGAUCGUGAUGAUUGUAUUAAUCGAGCGGUCGCCUUCAUGAAGAUCAUGCACUUCGGUUCCUAUCGCCGGACACUCAAUGUUUUAGAUGUUAUUUAUAUACGUGUGAAAUUAUUUCUAUUGCAAAAUAUAUAAUUAUUAGAGAAUAGAGGGGUUUUAAACACUCAAUUUAGAUAAAUGGGGAUGAUCACAGUGAUCAUAUUGAUCAACUACGUGUUUAGAGUAGUACAAUCAUAAGUUCUUUGUUCGGUGGAAGAACCUUAUAUAAAUAUUUUGAUGAUAUUUGAGUCUUUUCUGAUGUCCUUUUGGUCUGAAGGACGAAAAUCUAGUUGUGACUGUUAUCACGAUAGCUGUCCGGCGAUGGGAACCAAGACGAUCCAUUCACUGCGCCUCACUCGAUCUAGUAAAAUUAUGAGCUUAACAAAAUUCGUUUUAAAAUAUUCACAUGUAAUCAUAAGACAUUAUAAUCGACAGUAGGUCUAUCGCCUAUUAUUAUGUAAUACUUUAGAGUUUGAUACAAUUGAUCAUGACUUGUAUUGUUCACAUUUAAUCAUGACUAAGGCGUAGUGUUUGGAUGUAUAUAGCUGUACGGGUGUUUACAUGGCCGAUGUUUUGUCAUACCAGUUACUGGCUGUCACUUUUACAUUGCACAUGAAGGAAAAUAAGUUAAAAGAAGAAUUUAAGAAAAGGAAAACAAAACCAGUCAACCUGACAGUUAAUGUUUGAAUCAAUUUGAAAAUAGAAGCCAAAGUGACAGUAGGUACUACAAUAAAACGUUAGUGAUGUGAGCACGCUCUAAAUGUUGUGAGUGGCUUGAAGUGUCGCUCGACAGUCCGUAGCCAGCCGCGAUGGCGGUAGUGUGUAGUGACUACGGCGCACAGCUUCAGUUGGCUUCAAUGGGGCAAUAAUUCUGAGAGAUUACACUUAGGUUUCGACAUGUUACGCCUAGGUCACAGAUACAACUAGGUCCCGAAACUAACACCUAGGUACCAAUGCAUACAUUGUAAUACAGUUAUUACAUGUUUUUGUAAUUUUAGCACUUGUUAGAAUCCAUCUAUAUAUAAAUUAAUUUAUUGAAAAUAAAACUUAUUAUACACGAUUAGAGUUACAUAUUCAUUGACUUGGUAUCUGCCCGCCCAUGUAUCUUGUAUAUUCUAACAAUUAAAAGUUUAACUAGAUAUAUUCCAAAUUAAAUGAAUAUAACGAUUUAAUUGAUAGAUGCGAUAUAUUUUAAAUGUAGAUAAACAAUUUCUUAACAGAUUCAAUAUUUGUUUGUUGAUAUAUACACGGUGAUAGAGUUUUUAUAUGCAAACUGAUUAUUGAAUUUAUAAGCAAAGUAUAAACUUCUUUUACGAGACUUAUUUAAAGAAGUGACUAUAAUUUGGCCUACGUACAAACUCUAUACGACUACCUAUAACUUUAACAUUUAGAAUAUCGUGAUUUUUCUAUAUCUAUUCUAUAGAUCUUGUCUAUUGUUAGAUUUUACGAUGUUACAGUGUAAAGAGAUGGCCAAGUGUUACUCUCUCAAAGUUGGUGCCGCUGUUCGUUUGUGUUGCGGGGCUGUGGUCCCCCUGAUACUAUCAGUAUUUCGACAAUUUGGUAAAGAGUAGCGUUACAUACGUGAACUUAAUAUUAAAGAGUAAACGCUGCCCGUAUCUGUACCGGGCGGCUGGAACACACACGAAAAUAAAUAAUACGACGUUAAAA